CUCGUUUUUGAAUUCUGAAUCAAGUCCCAAGGCAACAGUGCCCUGUUUCUUAGCAACACAGAUGGGUAGACUGUAUAUUCCAGCUCCUUUGUACAAUGGAAGAAUAAACAAUUCCCUGAGUAAGUCUGUGCUGCAAGUCCAUUGCUUCACUUAAUUUCCCAGAGAAGAGAGGAAAGGGAAGCCUUCUGUGGUACAGCAGAUGAAGUUUGUCUGGAAGUCCCUGUCUUUGCAGAGAGGGCAUAAAAGGAGCUCUUGUGAAAGAAAGGUAACAGUGUGGGAGUAGCUUUCAGAUCAUGGAGAUAAAACAGAAAACAUGGAUAAGAUGGGCUUUCUCUAGGCUCAGGAGUUUUCUUCAUCAGGUUACUUUGCUGAAGUGAAAGACAGAACCGAAAAGCAGUACUUCUUCAUCUAAGCAUAGGUACAAAAUGUUACAAGGUACAAAAGUUACUUCUUAAAGCACAACCACAUAUUUAUCUUCAGUGAAUGUGCUGGGUUGUGCAGACAAGUAUAGUCAGAGUGAAAGCAGUGAUCAGUGAUCAGUAAUAAGUGUACUGUUGUAUAUUUGUGGGUGUGUUGGGUUUUUCUUUUACUUUUCACCGGGGAUUGCAAUAUUUGAGAAGAAAAUUAAUCAUCAGGCCAUUAUGUUCAUCCUGCACCAAGAAGAGAGAAAAUUUGUAUUUGAAGCUCAAAGAAAAUUUUCUGCAAGCCUUGACUGGCCUUUUUCACAACAAACUACAGUGCAGCAAUCCAAAGCCAACACAGCUUUAUGGCUGAAACAACCUCCUGAUUUUAGAUACCAGAUCUGUAAGUCAUCCAACCUUCCUUAGAAGCCACAAGGAACGGCAAAAGGGGAACCGAAUCCAAAAAGGACCUCUAAAGUCACAGUUGUGCCAGAACUUCGCUUAGAGUUAGGGUUCAGAAAACCACAAAUACUACAAAAGGCACGCCAAGGGGAGCAUGGCAGUACCCCAACUUUGCUCCCUCCACACCUUUUUCCUUGGCAACAUCCGUGUGUUUGGCACCUCGGCCUCAGCCAUAGGUGGCUUUUACUGCUCUACCUAGGGUUGGGGUCACACUUAGGGUUAGAGUUCAGGAAAGCACAAAGCCCAGAGCUCCAGGGACAAUGACACCACACAAGGCAUGCCAAGGGGAACAUGGCACUGCCCCAACAUUGCUCCCUCCACACCUUGCUCCUUGGCACCACCCAUGUAUGGAGGGUGAUUUUUAUUUAUGCCUCAACAUGUAAUACAUAGAGAACUUUCUCUACAUGUUGUACUGACAUGGUAGGAAGUCCAGUCCUCGAGCGACUUCAUUUGACAGACAAUGAGAGGACAGAAACUUCCACGAUUUGACUUCAAGGGCCUCCUCCUUUCAGGUGGGAUAGAUCACUGGCUUCCCAGGAAAAAAACGCCAGGUAAAUUGGGCGUUUUUGAGGAGUCUUAGUACGCAAAAGCAGUUACCAGCACCACACUCCCAGGACUGCCAUUUUCUAGUCUUCUCAAAUGAAAAGAGCAUCAGGUCUACCCCUUCCUCACCUUUUUCUCCCUGUAGUGCAGCUUCUGCCCUGGUUGUCUGUCCUGUCCACGCUGUUCCUGUCCUGCUUCACCACUUUCCCCCAGGUAGCUCAUGGUCACACAGCCCCAUGCUCCACUCUUUUCCCGACGGGGCGGUCGAGGCCUGCACCCGGCCUGCUGCCCCCGUGGUGUUUCCAGAACCAGGCCUCAGCAGCCGGCGCAUUUUGGCAAACACCAGAGCCAGGCUGCUCGCCCCUGCUGGGGAAUCACACCCAGCUGGUCACCAGAGCCACGCAGGCUGAUGGCUGCUCACAGCACGCACGAUCCAUCUGCCAAACAGACACCUGUGGGGUACCCCGAGGUGCAGAUCCUGAACUUGACCCACUGAAAGGAAAGGAAAAGGACUCUGACAGGAGAUUUCUUACAUACAACCCUCAUGAAAGCAAGUGGGAACCACAGCUGCUGCCAAAGCGCCCCUGGCCACCUAAAUCUGCUUCAUUACUGGGAAAGAGUGCACCCAGGAUGAAAGCACAGCUGCAGCUAUCUUUGCUGUUCAAAUGGAUGACUAUCUAGGAGGAAAGCCUGUGCAGAGUAGAGAAAUUCAAGGGUAUGAGUCUACUGAGUUUGUGGGUUACUUCAAAGGAGGAAUUAAAUACAAGGCAGGUGGUGUUGCCUCUGGAUUUAAUCAUGUAGUUACUAAUGAUCUGAGUGCUCAGAGGCUGCUGCAUAUCAAGGGCCGGAGAGUUGUAAGAGCCACAGAAGUCCCCCUGGCUUGGACCAGCUUCAACAAAGGAGAUUGUUUCAUCAUUGACCUCGGAAAUGAAAUCUACCAGUGGUGUGGCUCAUCAUGCAAUAAAUAUGAGCGGCUGAAGGCUACACAGGUUGCUGUUGGCAUUCGGGACAAUGAACGAAAUGGAAGGUCCAAAUUAAUUACUGUGGAAGAAGGGAGUGAGCCAGAGCGCCUCAUAGAGGUUUUAGGGAACAAGCCAGAGCUUCCUGAGUGUGAUGAUGAUGAGGAUGAACAGGCUGAUAUCACAAACAGGAGAAGUGCUAAACUAUAUAUGGUGUCAGAUGCAAGUGGAUCCAUGAAGGUGUCCUUGGUAGCAGAGGAAAACCCCUUUUCUAUGGCUAUGCUUUUGUCUCAGGAGUGCUUCAUUUUGGACAAUGGUGCUGCCAGGAAGAUCUUUGUGUGGAAAGGCAAAGAUGCCAACCCUCAAGAGAGAAAAGCUGCCAUGAAGAAUGCUGAACAAUUCAUUCAGCAGAUGAAUUAUCCUGCCAACACACAGAUUCAAGUCCUUCCCGAAGGAGGAGAAACGCCAAUGUUCAAACAGUUUUUCAAAGACUGGAAGGAUAAAGAUCAAAGCGAUGGCUUUGGCAAAGUAUAUGUCACAGAGAGAGUGGCUAAAAUUGAGCAGGUUGAAUUUGAUGCUACCAAGUUACAUGAGUCUCCACAAAUGGCUGCCCAGCAUAACAUGGUAGAUGAUGGUUCAGGGAAAGUAGAGAUCUGGCGUGUGGAAAGCAGUGGCCGAGUUCCUGUGGGACCUGAGACUUACGGACAGUUCUAUGGGGGUGACUGUUACAUUAUCCUCUACACUUACCGUAAAGGGCAGAUCAUCUAUACAUGGCAAGGAGCCCAUGCUACAAAAGAUGAGCUGACUGCAUCUGCAUUUCUGACUGUUCAGCUGGAUCGGUCAUUAAAUGAUGAGGCUGUGCAGAUCCGAGUCACUCAAGGCAAAGAGCCUGCACAUUUACUGAGCUUGUUCAAAAACAAACCACUUAUAAUCUACAAGGAUGGGACAUCCAAGAAGGAAGGUCAGAAACCUGCCCCGCCAACACGACUCUUCCAAAUCCGCAGGAACCUUGCAGCCAUUACUAGGAUUGCAGAGGUUGAUGUUGAUGCAGUGUCACUAAACUCUAAUGAUGUCUUUGUUCUGAAACUGCCAAACAACUCUGGCUACACGUGGGUAGGAAAAGGAGCAAGUAAAGAAGAGGAACAAGGAGCUCAAUACAUUGCCAGUGUUCUCAAAUGCCAGACCACUAAGAUUAAUGAAGGCCAGGAACCAGAGGAAUUCUGGAAAGCACUUGGAGGUAAAAAACAAUACCAGACUUCACCACAUCUCUUGACAAAUGCUGAAGAUCAUCCCCCUCGCUUGUAUGGUUGUUCUAAUAAGACAGGCAGAUUUAUUAUUGAAGAGGUCCCAGGAGAAUUCACUCAGGACGAUUUGGCUGAAGAUGAUGUCAUGUUGCUGGAUGCUUGGGAGCAGGUUUUCAUCUGGAUUGGGAAGGACGCUAAUGAAACUGAGCGACAGGAAUCCGUUAAAUCUGCCAAACGCUAUAUUGAAACAGAUCCUUCUGGCAGAGAUAAGGGAACCCCAAUUGUAAUUGUGAAGCAAGGGUAUGAACCCCCCACAUUCACUGGCUGGUUCCUGGCUUGGGACUCAAACAAAUGGAAGAACUGAUCUCUCCAAGGAGACUCCAGCUUCAAGCCAAAGAAUUAUCAGAGCCCAGCUACUUUCUAGUAUUUUUAAGCAUAAGCUUAUGCAACAAUACGAUGCAUCUGUUGUUACACUUUCCCGAGCUUUAAUGUAGUUCUGUGAAUAACCUAGAAGUUCUUAGCUCUGGAAAAGAAAAAUGGUAAUUGUAAACUGUCCAAAUGGGGUGAGUGGGGCUUUUCUAGUAGUAAAUACAGAAAGUGCUACCAAUUUUUAAUCUUAAAAGAAAGAAAUAAAUUUUCUUUAAUCUACUGAUUCUUCAAAGAGAAGCUGUGGGUCAGUUUAAUUUAAUGUGCUAAAAUGGACCAAAUUCUCUCUUCACUUAAAAAUCCAAAUUAAUGCCACAGAAACUCUUUCAGAUUAAGGUCAAGAUAUAACUGUGCAGAAUUUGGCCUGACAGAGGAAUAAAACUAUCCAUUACAAGGAAAGUACUGCAUGUGAUUUAAUUACUAGGCCUACGUAUUGCUACACUCAUUGAAAAUUUCAGAUAAUGUCUGAUCCUCAGUGGGAGCUGUGGCUCACAGGGAGCAAAUAAUGAAUGGAUAUUUGGAGAAAGCUAUGCUUAACAUGUUUGUUUACCCUGUUAAUACGUAUACAUGUGGAGCUUUAGAAUACUGUCAGAAUAUGAAAUCAACAAAGGUUUUUUUAAGUGACUGUCUAGCGUAUUGUGAUGAAUUCUAUUAUGUUUGUCUCUGAACCAGCUCCAGCUCCACCAGGUCAUUUUAACUAAAGCUCUUAAACACAUUGUAGUGCACUUGAAGUGGAAGCAAAAGUAACAGCUUCGAAAACACAUACUCUGCCUUAACUGGGUUGCUCUCAAGCCAUAUUUCACCUCAGUUGCCUUACUCAGCAGUAUGUACUUCUUCUUCAGCAUGCAGACUGUUCACCUUGUCAGGUGCAGAAUGUCUUCCUAAUUUUCUGUGCAGGUGUUAGACAAAUAUCAUGCACAUCAAAACCAAGGAAACCCCUGGUUUCGGUAUCGUUUUUGGGAAUUUGGAAUGUGAGUGUGCAUGAUAGAAUAUGGCCUUCUCCUUUCUCUCAGGCACACUUAAUUGAGCUUUUUUUUAUUCCGGUGAAUUUAAAAGUACGUUUUCAAAGUGGCUUUCAUUUGUAACUUAGCCAGAAAAAAUCUACUUAAGAGCAGUGGGAAAACUUCUUUCAAAUCUUUAGCACUGCUUUGAUCACUUAUCCAGUAAUGCUUGUUUUAAACAACAAUUUGUACAGCUGUAAAUCAUACCAAUGUGGCUUUUUAAUGACAGCAUUUCAGCAGUUUUAUUAUUCUUGUAAGUUGGGCUGGAAAGUUAAAUUUUAGACAUUUUUGUAUUUUUUUAACAUGCUUGGGAUUUUAAAUCAGGGUAAUGCAAAAGAAAGAAUUUAGUCUGAGCUUAUAAUACCAAUGACAAAAGAAUUGUGAAGCUAAGAGAUUAAUUAUAGGCAUUAACUUUAAACAUUUGUUUAAAUGUCUGCUAAUAUAGUUGGGCUGUAUGUGAAUGUAAUUUCAUUUAAAAUAAAGUUACAAAAACCAGUA